GAGCCAGCUCCGGUUUCCCCGCCUGUGGCUGCAGCCUGCCGCAGCGCCUGCGGGCCCACGCCCGCCGCCCGACACCAUAACAUUGCCAUCGCUACCUGCCGCAUGACAUUGAGGUCGAUGUCGACGAGCACAGAUCGCUUCUACUUACCUACUGAUGUCAUCGCGAAAAAUAAAGGUAGCACUACACUGAUAGGUUACAGGACAUAGGUCAGAGAUAAGUAUGCGUAGAGCUAGAGAUGGUGCGUUCUUCGUACUGCUUCUCCAGAGCUGUUUCUGAGUCCGGCAGCCAAUUAAACGUGAUAAAGGCUUUAACAAUCCAUUCAUGAGAUUUUAAAUUAUGUAGCUGAAGAUCUAGAUAGUCUUGAAGUCUGAGGAUGAAAAUCUUGAAAUGAACCAUUUCAGGGUUAUUUAUCACCUGAGUGUCCGGUCAUAGACAUACCUCGGACAAUCUUAGCACGUUCAACUUUCCAUAGUCUAGUCCAGUGGCACACAUGGCGGGGUCACCUGAUUGUUUGAAAAAGUAAGACGAUUUCAUGUUUCGUAAGGGGCACUCGUUGGUACCGGUUACCAGCUCAAAUACCUCUACCAACCCGCAAUGGAGCAGGGUCGUGGAUUAUGCUCUCUUUGAUUGAUUUAGUGGAACGUAGGUAUAUGGGCUGGUUUAUGUUAUUAUUUCUUAUUAGCAGAAAACAGAAAAUUACAGUGUGUGUACAGUUUUUAACGGCCCAUUUCAACUUUGCAACACAAGUGUGUUUGCAAUACUUUUUUAAACAUGCCUUGUCACCAUAAAAUAUGGUUGAACAUAUAGUUAUGGGAAAGGCAAAAUGACUUGAGCGCCAAAAUAUCCUAAAAUAGCAGUCCAUGUUAUAAUAAUUAUGGAUUGCUAGACGUAGAAAAUGAAAACCUACCUACAUCUUACGUGGACGUCGUCGAAAUUGGAUAUAUGGGUAAAAAGUUAUGAAAACUACUUUAAAAGGCUUUUUUCGAAAUGGCCUCUUGGCGCUUAAGUAAUUUUAUCUUUCUAUUGACGAUAUCUAUCUUGAAAUGAGUCAGAGGAGUGGCUGAGGGUUACAUUACGAAUGAUUUGUGGCUCUGCCCACCCCGAUAGGAAUAUGGGCGUAACUAUUGUAUGUAACGUCGCGACAUAAUAAGUGUAAUCUUCAAAUACGAAUUCAGUAGGGAGAUUCGAGCACCAGCAUCGAAACAUAAAAUUCGGCUAUUUUCUAGUUUUACAGGUACAUACUCUGAAAGACUAUAGUGACAUAUUAUACAUCAAUGCUGAAAGAUAACAAAUAUGUUUUCUUUAAUUCCGAGUAGGUACUUACAGAGUAAAUUAAACAUGUGAUAAGAACACCAGACAUGGAUGUAUGGGCUAUAAGUCUGCCUAAACUUCGAUUUAAAAAAAAAUACUUUCGGAAAUUUCUAAACGUAUGUAAUGUAUGUCAAACUUUUUUGAACAUUGCGCGACAUGUUUUGCAGUUUGUUUAUUUUGUGAUUGCAACCAAAUAAUUAAGAAUUAGUUUGUAAAUUCAAGUGUAAUGAUAAAUUAUAUGUAAAAUAAAUAAUGUUACCGAGAAAUAAAAAUGUUCGUGAAGACACAUCAACACCGAAACGUCGCCGGCUUGGUUCUGCAAGGAUGUCUCGGCCAAAGCUUCAAAUUUUUGAUAAAAAAGCUAAAAUGUUGGUUCCUGCAAGUCCAAUUCAUCGGCCUGAGUCUCCUGUAGACAAAAAUGAUGAUCCCCCGCUGCCGUGCAACCAAAUAGAGUUCCUGCAUGACUCUGGAAACACAAGCAGUACAUCAAGUGAAAUUCCAUGUUCUCCCGGCAUUUUAGAAUGUUCACAGUCGAAAAAUGAAGAUAAGUGGGAAUCUUUAGACGUGAGUCACAAUAUUACAAACUUAGCAACAGAAAUAGUAAAAGAAUUGGGUGAAAUUAAUGAUAUAUCUGAAGAGUUGUUUAAUUCCAAGUUAGAACAAGAAGCAAAUUUAUGCGAUCAGGUAAAAGAUACAUUGCUGACGGCGAUGUGCGAAAAACACUUAAGAGACAAUAUUGAGGAGAGUUUUGAUGCAAUAAAUGAGUCUAUAUACAACUUAACUAAAGGCGAAGAUGAUAUAAAUGAUAAAAGAAAUACAUUAUUUGAGACCAAAGAUUCAUUCCUGUUGGAUAUUAGAGAAAGCGGAAUUGUUGACGAGAAGGAAAACAAUGCAAAUAACACAACUCAACUAGGGAAGUGUAAGAAAGAUAUAAGUAGCUUUUAUGGGCUUCCAAUCUUGGCAAAAAGUUUAUUCAAAACAUUCAGAAGUAUAGAAAAGUUUUAUGAUUGGCAAGAGGAGUGUCUAAACUUGCCUGCAGUGAAGGAACGCAGGAACUUGAUCUAUGCACUCCCAACCAGCGGUGGUAAGACAUUAGUUGCUGAGGUACUCAUGCUACGAGAGGUGCUGUGCCGGAAGAAGAAUGCCCUCUUCAUCUUGCCAUUUGUGGCCAUAGUCCAGGAAAAGAUGUGGUCACUCACACCGUUUGCUGUGAAACUAGAGUUUUUAGUAGAAGAGUAUGCAGCAGGCAAGGGACACAUACCACCAAAGAAGCGGCGGAAGAAGAACAGUAUUUAUAUCGCCACCAUUGAGAAAGGAUUGGCAUUGAUUAGGAGUCUCAUUGAGGAGAACAGGCUGGAAGAACUUGGGCUUAUUGUGGUGGAUGAACUGCAUCUGAUUGGAGAACCCGGCCGCGGCGCGACCUUAGAAACCUUAUUGACCACAGUACUUUUUGCUGACAAAGGCAUCCAGAUAGUGGGUAUGAGCGCGACGAUCGGCAACUUGCCGGAUGUGGGCCGCUUCCUGCGUGCCGAGGUGUUCCAGCGAGAGUUCCGCCCCGUCGAGCUGGUGGAGUACGUGAAGCUGGGUGACAUGCUGCACCGGCUCGUCUACACGGGUGACGACGUCGAGGUCACGCCGCAUCGGCAGUUAUCCUACGAUUACUCUGCGGCGGGCGUGAGCCUGGACCCAGACCUGCUGGGCGGGCUGGUGGCGGAGGUGGUGCCGCGGGGCUCCUGCCUCGUGUUCUGCCCCACCAAACGCAACUGCGAGAACGUGGCCGCGCUGCUAUGCAAACUGCAACGCAGAGAGAUGGCGGUUCACCGGGUGGAGGAGCGCGUGCAGCUGGCGUGCUCGCUGCGCGGCGAGGGCGCAGGCGCGGAGCUGGUGCUGGCGGCUCGCUGCGGGGUGGGCUACCACCACGCGGGGCUGUCCGCUGAUGAGCGGGCCUUGCUGGAACACGCUUUCAGGUCGGGCGUGAUCUCAGUGCUGUGCUGCACGUCCACGCUAGCGGCGGGCGUGAACCUGCCGGCGUCGCGCGUGAUCAUCCGCGCGCCGCGCGUGGCCCGGGACUUCCUCACGCUGGCCGCCUACCGCCAGAUGGCGGGCCGCGCCGGCCGCGCCGGCGUCUGCGAUACUGGCGAGAGCAUAAUAAUCUGCGAGGCGCGCGACUGGCUGCAGCUGCGGUCCGUGCUGGCGGGCGGGCUGGGCGCCGCGCGCAGCAUGCUGCUGCCGCACGUGCACGAGCUGCUGCUCAGCGCCGUGGCGCUGCGCCUCGCGCACACCAGGGCCACCUUGAAGGAGAUGCUCGCCACCACGCUGCUGGCCGUCGCUAAGACUGACAGCCCAAUAGAUAUAAAACUAGUAUGCGACAAGGGUAUACAUUCGUUGCUUCUGAGCGGUGCGUUGGAAGUUAUCAACAGGGCUCCGGAGCCAAAAGACUCAAGUUUGGGACAAGGAGACUGCGUGGUGUACAAUGACAGUCAGUUGGUUGUCAGCAAACUCGGCCGCGCCGCUAUUAAAGGAUGUAUGGACCUCUCUACGGCCAAGCAGCUGCAAAAGGACCUGGAAGUGGCGUCUCGAUCCCUGGUGGUGAUGGGCAGCCUGCAUCUGUUAUAUUUGGUUACACCACACGGGGCCGCCGGCAUCAGGCCCGACUUAAGACAUUAUUAUUCUUUGUAUACCGCACUAGACGAAGAAGGUCUACAAACAGCUAAAAUCCUUGGUAUCUCGGAAGUGAACGCUGUUCGCAUGAUGACUGGAAAAAUAAUUACGAGAGUUCCAGAGUCGGUGCUGUACCGGUUCUAUCUGGCUAUGAUGCUAUAUGAUCUGUGGAAGCAGCAGCCGAUCCCAGAAGUCGCCAACAAAUACUGUAUACCCCGAGGCAAGGUGCAGUCAGUGAUGUCAUCAGCCGCAGCGUUCGCGUCGGGAGCUCACAAGUUCUGUGACGAGAUGGAGGCGCUGUGGCCGUUCCGCGCGCUGUUCGCGGACCUGGCGCCGCGGCUGCAGCAUUGCGCCGCGCCAGAACUGCACCAGCUGAUGGAACUACCGGCUGUUAAGAAGGCCCGGGCGAUGCAGCUGCUGCGCGCGGGGUACAAGCGCGUGGAGGACAUCGCGAAGGCGUCCGUGGACGACCUGGUCGCGGCCGUGGCGCACCUCUCGCGCGCCGCCGCCACGCACCUGGUCAGCGCUGCACGGAUGUCCCUCAUAGAAAAAGUGGAAAAUCUUCGUGCAGAAGCCGAAGAUGUUAUGGAAGAACUGAACAUGUAAUUUAUACAUAAAUAUUGUAAACGACUGACCGUGUUAUAUAAUAGCCAAAUUAUAUUCCAGUGAUAAAUAGUUAAUGUUAAUAAUGUAUUAAAAGUAUUUAAAGUCAAAGUAAAAUGAGGUGUGAUAUUGUGCGAUUAAGGCUAAUGUAUAUUGUGAUUUAAAUAUUAUCUAGUGAAGUCUAUAGGAAUAAUAAAUCUUUGUUAUCAAGAUAAUGGAAUCUUGUUAUUAAUAAAAUUUGUUUGGUUAUUA